CAGGCAAGCAUGGGCGGUAUCGAUUUUUCUACAACGAGCAUCAGUCCGCACAACAAGUGUUUUGCAGAUGGGGUUUUUAUGAUAACUAUAGGAGAGUCCACCUGCUACAACCUUAUAACACGGAAGUGUCUUGCUUCCUCUUCGGUUCUCUUUGGCUCCUGUUCGAUUUACUUCAUCUGUCUCGUCUUCGACGGCGCGACGCAUCCCGGGUUUCGGCUCGAAAGAUGGCUACGGUCGUCACAUGCUCCUUGAUCCCUAGCGUCAAGUCCUUCUUUUGAGCGCGGAUUUCGGUCGUGAUUUUUCGUUCAAAUUUUA